GUGACGUCAUCAUCGUGCGGCAAAAUAAACCGUCUAACUGUUCAGGUAAAUCCGUUGUUUAUUUAAAAUUAUAAAUUUAUUUAUUUGUCUAAAAGUGUUUUUUAAAAAUAGUUUUAGUUUUUAAUCGUAUUAAAUGGAACGGGCAUUUUAAACCAGGACAAACAAGGUCACGUCGAAUUUUGCGCUUGCGAAACAUAAGAUAAGAGUUUUCACCAAGCAGGAUCUGGACAUGAACAUCAGGUGCACAUUAAAUAGCAUCAGAUCUGCUUACUGUUUACUCAGGACGAGUCCAGCAAGGAAGUUCUCCUCCACACUUUACACUAUGGCUUCUAUUAAACACAAGAAUGCAAAAAGGAUUAAAGGACUAGAGAAAAAUAUAUGGAUUGAACUUACAUCUGUAGCAGCAGAUCCUUCCAUCGUAAAUCUCGGUCAAGGUUACCCAGAUAUCCCCCCUCCAGCUUAUGUGAAGAAUGGUCUCGCUCAAGCUGCAAUGGUGGACCGGCUCAACCAGUACACACGUGGCUUUGGUCACCCAUCUCUGGUAAAAGCCCUGUCUCAGGUGUACAGUAAGGUGUACAGCCGUCAAAUUGACCCUUUUAAAGAGAUCCUGGUGACAGUGGGAGCCUAUGGCUCUUUAUUCAGCAGCUUUCAGGGACUUGUGGAGGAGGGAGACGAGGUUAUAAUAAUUGAACCCUUCUUUGACUGCUAUGUUCCUAUGGUUAAGAUGGCAGGAGCCAAACCAGUUUUAAUACCACUUCGUCUCAAGUCUGGUAAGGAGACAGACAUCAGCAGUGCAGACUGGGUUCUCGAUCAGGAUGAACUUGCCAGUAAAUUUACUUCCAAAACAAAGGCCAUCGUUAUUAACACCCCUAAUAACCCCAUCGGCAAGGUGUUUAACAGGAGUGAGCUGCAGGCUAUCGCCGAUCUCUGCAUCAAGCAUGACACACUGUGCUUCAGUGACGAGGUGUACGAAUGGAUCAUAUACAAGGGGCACGAGCAUGUGAAAAUAGCGACUCUUCCUGGCAUGUGGGAACGAACCAUUACGAUCGGCAGUGCAGGAAAAACAUUCAGUGUGACGGGUUGGAAGCUGGGUUGGUCAAUAGGGCCUGAGCACUUGAUCAAACACCUCCAAACUGUCAUGCAGAACACUCUGUACACCUGUCCAACACCAUUACAGGAGGCAGUUGCACGUGGACUCCUGCUUGACUGUGAGCGAAUGGGACAGCCUGACUGCUAUUUCUCUACCCUAUCUGAGGAGCUGCAGGGAAAGAGAGACCGCAUGGCGGCCAUUUUGAAGCAGACAGGGAUGUGUCCUGUAGUUCCUGAAGGAGGCUACUUCAUGCUCGCCGAUGUCACAGCUCUCAAUCAGGAUCUUUCAGGCAUGAAUGACGAUGAGGCGUAUGACUACAAGUUUGUCAAGUGGAUGAUAAAGGAGAAGAAAUUGGCAGCCAUUCCUGUAACAGCAUUCUGCGGUGAUGACUCCAAGAAGCACUUUGAGAAAUACAUCCGGCUGUGUUUUAUUAAGCAAGACAGUACGCUGGAUGCUGCUGAGGUCAUUCUAAAGAACUGGAACAAAGCCUGACCCUGGGUAUCACAUUGACACUGUAUUAGCUUACUCGCCUCAGAUCCACAUUACCUCUGAUGAACACGUACAGUGUGUGUCAAUGUUUAAAUUCAGUGCUGGGCACAACAGUGUUUUUAGCCCCAACCAACGACAGAGAGGCAACACAACUUCAACUGAUUUUAUGGUAUGGCUACAGUAUCUGCAGUGAAUGCUGUCAGAUAGAACAUUCACAGAUCAGAAAUAACAUUACGACCACUCGCCUAUUGACUAGAUCCCCUUUUGAAACCCAUCCAGACAUGAACUUCUGGCUACUUCCUACAGUGCAUCCUGGUGCCAUUUCUCCCCCAGGAGAGUGACGCACACUCCCCCCACCAUCCACAUGAUGUAAAAGAAAAUAUGCCAUUGUUCUUGCAUUGCUCCAUCGUUCAAUUUUGAUGCUCACAUGGCCAUUGUCAGCACUUUCGGUUGUGGAGAUGGGUCAGCAUGGGCACCCUGACCGGUCUGAAGAUACACAGCUCCAUACGCAACAAACUGUCAUCUUUAUUUCGGAACCAGCAUUAACUUUGUCAGCAAUUUAAGGUACAGUACUGUAGCUCUUCUGUUGGAUUAGUGGCCAACCAUGAUCCCGUCACCAGUUCACCCAUUUUCUUUUCUUUCAAUCACUUUUGGUAUGUCCUGGCGACUGCAGGAUGGGAUCGUCCCACAAGAGCUGCAGUCUUGGAGUUGCUCUGACCCAGUUGUCUAGGCAUUACAAUUUGGCCAUUGUUAAAGUCGCUCAAAUCCUUAUGCUUGCACAUUUUUUUUCUGCUACCAACACACCAACGUCACGGACAAGUGAAAAUAUUUACUUGCUGGCUAAUAUAUCAUGCAGGUGCCAUUGUAACAAGAUGAUCAAUGUUAAUUGACGUCACACCUCAGUGGUCAUAAAGUUAUGGCUGAUCAGCGAAUGUUACUUAUGAUAUAGGAUUGGGAGACUGGAGGAAGCGGAGAAGAUUCAGUUAAAUUUUAUUUAUAUAGUGCUUUCAACAAUGGUCAUUGUCUCAAAGCAGCUUCACAAAAAUGAAAGAAUUUUUUAGAAAAGAAAAUAUUUGGAAGUGUGUAUGUGCGAAAAAAAAUGUGUCUAGAUAAUGAGAUGAAUAAAUGAUAAAUGGAAUGUCUCUGAUGAUCAAGCGAAGGGUGACGGCGACGGUGGCAAGGAAAAACUCCCUGAGAUGGCAAUAGAAAGAAACCUUGAGAGGAACAAGACUCAAUCAGGGAACCCAUCCUCAUCUGGGUAAAAAACAUGGUAGAUAAUAGUAGGCAGUGAAACAACGGUAUUUACCUAUGUGAGCAUGAUCAGACAUCUGCAUAGUAGAAAUGUAUUAUUAGAUCAAUUUGCUUGGCUGUGGACUCUCAGUCCUUGUUUAGGGUCAAAAACAGUUGUACAAGCACUCGGCCCAUGAGGCUCCUUUACUAACAUACAACUGCAAUGAAAAUUUUCCUGUGUAAAGCAAAUGUGGACUACUAUUUACUGUCAGUUUAAAAUUGUGGUUUGGAGACUGAAUACAGUUUGACCUAAUUAAAGACCUUCCUAUUG